ACUUCAGGGUCAAACAGGUAAGCGCUGCGUUUGAUGGAUUUUCGAGAGGUGUUGGCUUUGGCAAAGAAAAAGCAGUCUAGACAUGAUGAUGAGGUAGCCCUCGCCCUAUUCAUUUUUGUAAUUUUAAGGUUAAACGUAUCGAAGAACAGGCAAAACAACGUGAACUUGAGAAGAAAAGGCAAAUGGAGAUUGCGAACAAAUUGAACCGUCCAGAAUCAUAGUAACGCUAGUACGUCUCUUUCUUCGACAAGCACAGUCAAGGCUUCCACAGUAAGAUCUAAAACAUCCGGUCCAGACACAAAUACAGUGUGCAAACCUGAGAAAUCAACAGUCCAUAAAGAUGCAAAAGAUGAAAACGUUAAAGCAGCCAACAAGUCAUUACAAAACACCGUUUUAUCAUGUCCCACAAAGUCUAACUCCAAGAAAAAUGGCGAAAUGCAGUCAAAGCCCAACCGCCUUUCUUUCGCAGAAAUGAUGGAACUGGCUAAAAAAAAUGUUCACCAAACUUCAGAUAGAAAAAGACCGUUUGAUGAUCUUAUUCCUUGUGCUGUUGAUUCGAAGUAUCGAAAGUUAGACUCUAAUUUCAUUGAUAGUUCUAAGCCUGCAAGUACCACUUCAAGAGACGUUACUAAAACUAAGUCACAGUUAUCAUCAAACUUAUCAGAAUCUUUGAAGGCUUCUCAAGAGGUAGAGUUACCAAAGAUUUCGCAUUCUGUUGAUUCGAACGGCUUUCGUAAAACUGGCUACAAAAGUGUAAUGGAAAAAGUUGUUCAACAUCUUGAAAAAAGCCACCGGGUUCCCUAUGAUUUGCAACAGAAGAAUAAUAACUCUAGUCAACGUACUACCUGUGUAAGCCAUUCUGCAACGUUACAAGAGAUCAACGCGAAAUCCCCAAAGCCACCCAAGACAUCGAAAGUUCAUCUCCCCAAAGAAAGUAGACCACCACCUAAAAAACCCAUCAAUUCAAAGUUGGUUUCUAUUAACAUGAGCAAUAAAAAGAAAUCAGUAGUUUCGCAACCUCCCAAAACGUCAGUUUCCCAAGAUUUUGGUAAUGUAAAAUUUCCUUUAUCUAAAAGUAUCCCUACGUCAAAUAAGGACGGCAUCAAGAACCUUAACAAGAAUAGUAAUAGCAUUAAACAAAAAUCGAAAGAAUAUCCUCAGUCUAAGAAUGUCGAUAACAGAACCCAAGGAAGAGGUAUAGCUGCACAGUUAGGCGUUAGCUUUCAGUCCAAAAAUAGCGCCAACAUGUCUGUUUCUGAUUCUGCUGAAGAGGAUGAAUAUAUGAGUGAUGAUAGUUUCAUAGAUGAUAGUGAAGCACUGCAAUCAAAGGAGUACGCCCGAGUCGUUCGUGACAUUCAUCGUGCUCUGAAGUUUGACCCCCGGAAGUACAAGGACGUCAAUCCGUAUGAAGAUCUACGUUGUAUGGAGGCGAAAUACUGUGAUAUAGAAAAAGAAGAACGUCGGAGGUAAGCUGUUACCUGUGUAGAGUUUUUGCGUAAAGUAGUUUGUAUUCCAUAGUUAUAAGCAAACAAAGUUAACAACGACCUUUCUGAUAGCAGCCACAUAUAUCCGUCAUGAACUCAUAUCGUUACCAUUAUCUAUAGAUUUACCGACAGAGGUGAUGGCUACGGGUUUUCAGAAUAAAGACCGAAGUUUGAGAAAAUGAUUGGUCAAAAAGCAUGUACUAUUUUACUUAUUGCUGACUGCUUUGGCUCGAAGCUUAGGGCCUCCACCUUCACUUAGUUGUCAGGCUUGGCUAUAAUGGUGAACCUACGAAAGCAUAUUGGCUGAAACACUUUCUACCUAAGGUCGUACCGUGGCAGGUGGUUAGGUUGAACGGUGGCAAAGUCAAAAGCAGCAAGCUAGGGACAGAGAGUAAACAUGUCAAAAAGAUAUACAGAAAGGUUGUUUGUGACAAGCCCAAAUUAUUUUUGAUUGAGAUCAUGAACCGAUUGAUGUUAGACCACCACAAUUGAAAACCUGGAAGCACUGGACGGCCGUUUCGUCUUAUUGUGGGACUCCUCAGCAGUGCGCAUCCACGACCCCGCUCGCGGGAUUCGAGCCCAGGGCCUUCGGUCUCGUGCGCGAACGCUUAACCGACUGGACCACUGAGCCGGCAUCCAAUGGUGAUAGUUUCUAACAUCAACCAAUUCACGAAAUUGCGCGACCAACUUCCGUUGUACUGAGGUAGAUACCUGUCUCUACCCGACAAGGAUUAGCUCCACUGGUCACGGCUUCUCACUAGAACUCCGAGAAUUCCCUCACGAAGCUAGUCACUAGUGAGCACAUGUUGAUUACUAGUAUAGGGGUUGUGGAGAUUGUUAAGUUUUUGGGCUCUAUGAUCACCCUCUCAGUUAUUUAAAACCACUGAUAACCUGGUUUUCUUUUGAGGUGCUUCAUGAAAAAGUAUUCUUAAAUGCUACUAACGGUAUUGGAGACUUUAUGCCUUUUAUUCCACGAAUUUAUUGGAGUCAUAUUUAAAAUGGCUAUUCUUAUUUACUAUGCCUGAUGCUACGACUACUUUGGUAUUCAUCUUAAUAACCCCAUAUCACUGCUGAUGUACGGCAACUUGGACCGCUGCACAUGUCAGGUAUUACUUUGAUUACCACUAACCGUGUGUUCGGGCGCAGAGACGAUAAUCCAAUCGGUGUCACUAUCUUGAAACAUCGACUUCGGUGGCUUGAACAUGUUCUACGAAUGUCGUCCCAGAGAAUUCCUCGUCGUGCAUUAUUUGCCGACGCCGGGAGUGGUUGGAAAAAGCGGAAAGGUGGUCAGUGUAUGACAUGAUGUCGUGGUAUGUAAGAAAGCUGCAAAGGGCUGGCUUCUGUUGGUCCUUCUCGACUUCCUACCUGGGGUCUUAGAGAUGGUGCAACACAGUGGCUAGAGACGUUAUCAGAUAUGGCUCAGAAUAGAAGCCAGUGGUGAUCCUGCUGUAACCUUCCUUUACUUUCUUCGUAAAAAGUGACCGUAACUUCUUUCUGGUUGUACGUUUCUGUUUCCAUCAUUAUUAUUAUUUCACUACCAUAUGUUAAUUUGUGAUCGUUAUUGUUCUUUUCUUUUUACGCGCACGCUACUUUCUUUUUCUCUUCCCAUUCUCAUUAUUAUUGUGUGGCGCAUAUGUAUCUGGUGCCUCCUUGUACCAAUAUUUAUGUGUUCAAAUAAAUAGAUAAAAACCGAUUUAAGUUAUAUAGUUGAGCAUCAAUUAUUCUCUAUAAAUAUCCAGAGUAUUCCAUCGCUGUAAACUGUUCUGUACCUUAUUCAUUUACGUAUUAUAGUUGACUCAUUGUAUUCCCAACACUAUGUCCACUUAAGUGUACACGCCUUCGUACAAUAUCUUGCAUUGUUUUUUUCCUUUAUCAAGAUUAUCAGCUAGUGAGUUAGCGACAAGUACAUGCAAUUUGUGAUCAAUUCGUAUCUCUAAAAUCACUAUGAAUAAAUUCUUAAUGACCGUCAUUACACAGGAUCGAAAAACCAGAAACUUACUACCCAAAUUUUAUUCCAUCGAACGUAUUCUUGAUCAGCCAUCGUUAUCAUAUCUAUGGUUUACACGUUACCUGGAGAAAGACUUUUUAUAUUGAGCAUAUCAACGACAUUGUCUUACUGUGCGAUGGUACACAAGCUAUUCAGAUCGCACUUAUACUUGUUACCCCUCACGGAACAGACUGCCAACCAGGGAUCUCCAACUAACUCUGUACUGCUCUUUUCCAGUUGUUGCCAAGUGCUAUUCAUUUUUCUGAUGUCUCCCCCUAAUCCUUGCUCCAUAUGUUCUUCGAUUUGUUUGCUUUCCGUUUCGGCUUAGAAUUUUAAUUUGGGGCUUGAUUUAUCUCUAGAGUCUCUUCGUAAUCUCCUCAACUAGUAACUGGUAUGCAGUAGGUAGGUAGUAGUAGUCCUUGAAAUCUCAACCCUGUACAGUAGAACUCUUUCAGUGUUUGCAUUGAAAAUUCUGACUUCAGUUUUAGCUAACAGUUCUUUCAAGUUUCAAAUAUUCUUCGAUUUUAGGAAUUCUGUUGUUUCAUCAAUUUGUGCCUUCAUAUUUACAUCAGAUCCCCCUUGUUUGUCAAUAAUACUACCCAUGAAUGUGAAAUCUUUCACCUCUUACAGUGCUUUAUCGGCAAGUGCGAUUCGGUUGGUGCUCGUUGUAUUAUAUUGCAGGAUCUUGCAUUUGCUCUUGUAAAUGUUGAGGUUUCUGUUAGAUUGUCCGCCUUCACCUGCAUUUGUUACUAUGUAUAGAAUAGAAGGGUUUUUAGUGGAUUGCUGUCGAGAUACUUCUCAAAGCUUUGUAUAUCACUCGUCGUUAUGACCGUUAUAAAAUAACUCCCAACGGUGCAUAAAUUUCAGAGGAUAAUUCAAAGCGUUGACUACAGUUUAUUUUUGUACAGUGCGAACUACUUAGCCACAAGCACAUAAAAUGAAUGCGAACGAAUUAUGGAUCGAAUGUAUAUAUAUAUAUAUAUAUAUAUAUAUAUAUAUAUAUUCAUUUAUUUGUUUUUAAAAAGUAUAUGUUCUUGAUUUUUGUAGUGCACGUUUGGCAGCUCUAGAAGAUAAUGAAGAACUGAUUCGUGAUAUGAUGAGACGAAAGGAGAAAAUGGCGAAAAAAAGGCAGCAAUUUCUAGGCGAUGAUAAUGAUUGAUUUUGCGUUAUUUUUUUCUAAUUCAGGUUUACCGUUGUCUUUCUAUUAAAUAUGCGUGUUAUUUCUGUUGUACAACUGUAAUUUCUUGUCUGUUAAACACCAGAAAAAUUGUUUGUUUAAAAUGUUAUUUCAUCGUUUUUACCCAACAAGGUAGCAAUAAUAUAUAUGACAUUGUAUGUUGGUAAAUCGUUAUGAGUUUUCAUAAAAUUCAAUCGUACCAACAGAGAGUGAAAGAAAUCUUAAUAAGAAAAGAAUUAUUAACGUUAAAUAAGCGAAAUAUCACUCGUAAACUAACUCAUGGUGCACCUGUGACUUUUCAAGUCAUUUUUUUAAAUAUUACCGACAGUUAAUUGUUUAUCAUACUUCAGAUCGCGCUAAAAGUUUUCAAAUAAAUGAAUCUACUGGUCGCUGACUUCAGUAUAUCUAAUCAUG